UAGAUUAAAACUUACUUCAUUUUUGCUAGUCAAUUUCAAUCAUGAUAUAUCGAUACGAUAACUGUUGGUAGUUUUAAAAAGAUAAUGGUAUGUGGGUAUCUAUCUUUAUUGUUACUUUGUCAGUGGUUUUGUAAUGUAAUGUUGUACAAGUUUUUUAUUUAAGUAUAAAAUUUAGUGUGAAAGUUUCAUUAUAGUUUUUCAGAAAUGAAUUAAUAUAGUUAAUGUUUUGAAGUUUUUAAAAAAAUCUAAUGUCAGUUUUUAUUAGUUCUUGUGCUUGUGAAUACACAUCAAUACUGUGUAACAUGUCUAUAAACAGUUCUUGUUGGUGUUACUUGAUACAAUUUUGAUACAUUAUAGCAAGAAUUGUAAUACUUUAUUAUAAUUGUACAAACAUGGGUCGUUACACUGGAAAAAAAUGUCGUUUGUUAACGAUGUUAUGGCUCACUGCUCUAUUUUUCUUAGUAGAAAUAGUCGUGGGAUAUGUGACUAACUGUAUGGCUUUAAUAGCUGACAGUUUUCAUAUGUUAUCUGAUGUAGCAGCUUUGGUCGUUGCAUUUCUUUCUGUAAAGAUGUCACCAAAGAAAUGGUCUAAGAAUACAUUUGGUUGGGCCAGAGCUGAAGUUUUAGGAGCUUUAGUAAACGCCGUUUUUUUAGUCGCAUUGUGUUUCAGUAUUACAGUGGAAGCAUGUAAAAGAUUUAUCGAAGUAGAAGAAAUACAUGAAGCUAAAUUGCUUGUGGCAGUUGGAGCUCUUGGUUUAUUAGUAAAUAUUAUUGGAUUGUGCUUGUUUCAUGAACAUAGAAGUUCUCAUGCACAUUCACAUGGCAUAUCUCGAAGUCACAAUCGAUUAAGUACGCUAGUUGGAACAGAUGACAAUGAAAAUGAUGAAUCUUAUAGGCCAGCGACGCCGCAAGUAAAAAGAACACAUGGUCAUACACAUGAUGCGAGUCAAAUGAAUAUGCGUGGUGUAUUUCUUCAUGUACUCUCAGAUGCAUUAGGAUCUGUAAUUGUAAUAGUGUCUGCUUUAAUUGUAUGGUUGACGAAAUGGGAAUACAGAUUUUAUAUUGAUCCAGCUCUCUCGCUUUUGUUAGUUAUUCUUAUCUUACGUUCAGUAUGGCCAUUAUUGCAAGAAUCUGCAUUAAUUUUACUACAGACUGUACCAACACAUAUCCAGGUUGAUGCUAUUCAACAACGUUUGCUGGAAAAUGUUGAUGGAGUUUUAGCUGUGCAUGAAUUUCAUGUAUGGCAGUUAGCUGGUGAUCGUAUUAUUGCUUCAGCUCAUAUAAGAUGCAGAAAUUUAUCAGAAUACAUGAAAAUUGCGGAACAAGUAAAAGAAUUUUUUCAUAACGAAGGUAUACAUUCUACAACAAUUCAACCAGAAUUUAUUGAUUAUCAUUCUAAUAGUGAAGUAAAAGAAACACCAACUGAAGAUUGUGUAUUGGAUUGUCCAAAGACUGACAAACCUUGCAAUCAUGCAACAUGCUGUGGUCCUUCUAAACAGGGUCGUGAAACGCCUUCACCAGGAGAAACACCAUACAUGUGUAGACAACGUAACAGUCUUGCGCGUUCCACUGGUUCUAUAGGAGGAACCGAACAACAAGAAGUAAAUGAAAUGGAACGUGGACAUUUAUUAUCACUGCCUGCUUCACAUCACUCCGUCCAACUUCCACAUUCUCAUGUUAAUACACCUGUUGUCUAAGUUAUAAUCGUAUUAUCAAAUAUCUACCUCUGUAACACAAUCUGCGGCGCGUUACAAUGUUAUUAUAAAAAUUCAAUAAAGUAAUAUACACGCUAUAUUUUAUGAUUAUUAAAGUUAAUAAAAAAUUUUAAUUGCUUUUUA